GACAAAAAACAGCGAUAAACCCUUGGACGGCCUUUCCUCUUCCUAUCCUCGGUGAGACAGGUCAGUGCAGUUGAAGGGACAAGGAAGCUGAAGGUUCUUUGAUGGCGGUCGAAUGAAACCUUCACUCAGUACAAGCUCAAACGCUCGUUUUGUUCCAUCCAUGGCUUUCUCUACCAGACUCCGUCUCACUGCCUCUUAUAUUUCGUGUUACCGACUCGCAUUUCCCGUCGCUUCGAGUUGUUGCCUCUUGUCCGGAUCCCGCCACGGUUUCUCAGAGCUUCGUUUCAUCUCAAAUUUCCGUUCUAGUCCCGUUCGCCCUGUGAGAGCCAGACGUAGAGAAGAUCUCGCUGGAGAGGGGAAAGACGAGGGAGGGGAAGGAAAUGGAAGCUUGCUUGUGAAGGAAGAUGCUAAGGAAGGACGGAUUGUUCCCAUUGAGCUUCACAAGGAGGCAACCGAGGCCUACAUGGCGUACGCAAUGUCAGUGCUGCUCGGCAGAGCUUUGCCGGAUGUUCGAGAUGGAUUAAAGCCAGUGCACCGUCGUAUUCUAUUUGCAAUGCAUGAACUAGGCCUUUCAUCUCGCAAACCAUUCAAGAAAUGUGCCAGAGUUGUUGGAGAGGUUCUUGGUAAGUUCCAUCCACAUGGAGACACUGCUGUUUAUGAUUCUUUGGUGCGAAUGGCACAGGAUUUCUCCAUGCGUUGCCCUCUUGUUCGAGGGCAUGGGAAUUUUGGGUCAAUUGAUUCAGAUCCUCCUGCUGCCAUGCGUUACACAGAGUGUAGAUUGGAAGCGCUCACAGAAGCAAUGCUGUUGGCAGAUUUAGAUCAAGAUACGGUUGACUUUGUUCCGAAUUUUGAUAAUUCACAAAAGGAACCAUCACUUCUGCCAGCUCGAAUCCCAACCUUGUUAUUGAAUGGUUCUUCUGGGAUUGCGGUUGGAAUGGCGACCAACAUCCCUCCUCACAAUCUUGGAGAGUUGGUGGAUGCGCUCUCUGUGUUGAUUCAUAAUCCUGAUGUCACGCUCCAAGAAUUGUUGGAAUAUAUGCCGGGACCUGACUUUCCAACUGGAGGAAUAAUCAUGGGUAACAUUGGUAUCCUAGAAGCAUACAGGACUGGACGUGGACGUGUAGUAGUCAGAGGAAAGACUGAUGUGGAAUUGCUUGAUGCAAAGACAAAGCGUGCUGCAAUUAUUAUCAAGGAGGUCCCAUAUCAGACUAAUAAAUCUGCCCUCGUGGAAAAAAUUGCUGAACUUGUGGAAAAUAAGAUUUUGGAAGGCAUUAGUGAUAUUCGUGAUGAAAGUGAUCGCUCUGGAAUGCGCAUAGUCAUAGAAUUGAAAAGGGGAUCCGAUCCUUCCAUUGUUCUCAACAAUCUGUAUCGCCUUACCGCUCUUCAGUCAAGCUUUAGCUGUAACAUGGUGGGUAUACUUGGUGGACAACCAAAGCUGAUGGGUUUGAAAGAAUUACUUCUGGCAUUCCUGGACUUUAGAUGCUCUGUUGUUGAGAGACGUGCUAGGUUUAAACUUUCUCAUGCUCAAGAAAGGAAACAUAUUGUAGAGGGUAUUAUAGUGGGACUUGAUAAUUUGGAUGCUGUGAUUCGUAUAAUUAGGGAGACCUCAAAUAAUGCAAUGGCAUCAUCGGCUUUGAGGAAUGAGUAUGGGUUGUCUGAGAAACAAGCUGAAGCUUUAUUGGACAUAACCCUUAGAAAGCUUACUUCACUAGAGAGGAAAAAAUUUGUAGAUGAAAGUGUAUCCUUGACAGAACAAAUUUCUAAGUUAAAUGAACUCUUGUCAAGCAAAAGACCAAUAUUGCAGUUAAUAGAACAAGAAGCUAUUGAACUAAAGAACAGAUUUCCUACUCCAAGACGUUCGAUGCUGGAAGAUGCUGAUAGUGGUCAAUUAGAAGACAUAGAUAUCAUCCCGAACGAAGAAAUACUCCUGGCUCUUAGUGAAAAAGGCUACAUGAAGCGAAUGAGGCCCAACACGUUUAAUCUUCAAAAUCGCGGAACAAUUGGAAAAUCUGUUGGGAAAAUGAGAGUAAAUGAUGCCAUGUCUGACUUCAUUGUUUGUCAUGCCCAUGAUCAUGUCCUUUAUUUCAGUGAUAGGGGAAUAGUGUACUCAGCCCGAGCCUAUAAAAUUCCAGAAUGCAGCAGAACAGCUGCUGGCACACCUCUGGUGCAGAUAUUAUCCUUAUCGGAUGGGGAGAGAAUAACUUCCAUCAUUCCGGUAAGCGAGUUUCCUGGAGAUCAGUAUCUAGUUAUGCUUACAAUGUACGGAUACAUCAAGAAAGUUUCUUUAAACCUUUUCUCAGCAAUCAGAUCGACAGGCAUCAUAGCUAUUCAGCUGGUUCCAGGUGAUGAGCUAAAAUGGGUCCGUUGCUGCACAAACGACAAUCUUGUUGCAAUGGCUUCUCAAAAUGGGAUGGUUAUUUUGAGUUCCUGUGAAACUAUUCGAGCACUUGGAAGAAAUACUAGGGGUUCGGUUGCCAUGAGACUGAGAGGAGGUGACAAGAUGGCAUGCAUGGACAUAAUACCAACCACUAUGAGGAAGAACUUGGAGAGGGUGUCAGUGAACACUCAUGGGGGUAAGGGUCUUGGUGCUCCAUGGCUUCUAUUUGUCUCUGAAAGUGGACUUGGAAAGCGGGUCCCACUGAGCAGUUUCCGCCUAUCAUCUCUGAACCGAGUUGGUUUGAGAGGUUACAAGCUUUCACCAGACAAUUGCCUAGCAGCAGUCUUUGUGGUUGGAUUCUCGUUGUCAGAGGACGGUGAAAGUGAUGAACAAGUGGUUCUAGUAAGUCAAAGCGGAACAGUCAAUAGAAUCAAGGUCCGGGAUGUUUCUAUUCAAUCACGCAGUGCUAGGGGUGUUAUUCUGAUGAGGCUGGAGCACGCUGGAAAGAUCCAGUCAACUUCUUUGAUCUCGGUAACUGAAGAGCCUGAAAGCCAAGCUGAUCCUCUGUUUCAUGGAGAGACACAUGCAACAACAUAACAGUAAGAGAGCUCUUUUUCAUUUGAUCUUCCAGAAAUAGUCAGGGAAAACAUGAGAUGAUAAAGAAAUCCUUUUUGAUGAUGGUAACAAUGUUUUCUCACAGAUUUUGUACAAAGUCUGUAAAAGAAAGUAAAAAAGAGAGAUGCUACUGAAUGUUCAUCUGUAUCCUUAGCAGGUCGAUGUGUGGAAAUUAGAUUGAUUUAGUUCAUUUACUUAAGAUAGAAGUAUGAUUUAGUAGUAUGAAGCUUGUAUGCAAUAGAUAUUCUAGAAACCUGUGCAGAAGCAGCCAGAUGUUAGAAUGAAUUCUUAUGAAUGAACCUGACCAGGAUGUAGCCAUUUAAUUGAUUUCAUACCCCUUUUAUGUGGCAUUAUUAAUUUUUGCUUAAAAUUUACGAAAAUAGUACAUGAUUCCGCAGUUGUA